AUGACGCUCCCGCCUCAAGUGAUGGACCCGUUCGCGCACAAUUAUCCGGCGUUGAUGCAGCAGCAACACCAGGGCCAGCAGCAGCAAGUUCCGUGCUCGAUGCCCGGCGCAGUGCAGCCAGGCACGUCGGUGAUGCAGUUGGCCCAGCUGCCGAUGAUGCUGUCGCCGCCGCAGAGUGCGGGCAGUGCCCACAGCAUGUCACCGCCUCACGGAAAGCGACGGAAAUUUUUGUUGCAAGGCAGCAAUGAUCAUCAAAACACGUGUUUGUUAUGUUUUUCUUGGUCGAGUCCUCCUAUGGCUGAGGGGAAAAAAAAGAAGAGCAGUAACAUGCUCAGUGGCUUCUGCAGAGUUUCAUUUGUUUUUCUGCAUCUUGUGCAUAGAGAUGUCGUGUUGUGGAUCCACGGUUUGAUUGUGAACAGCAUGCAGUAA